AUGAAAAUCAACCAACCUUUUUAGGUUUUUGUUCGUAUACGCUCCCAUUCAGAUUCAACCAAUCCGAUCGAAGUUGUUAAUGAAAAUAUACUUAGAAUAUCCAACAAAGAAAUGAGUUUUCAGAAAAUCUUUACUGAAAAUGAUUCCAAUUUAUCAGUUUAUGAAGGAUAGACUUUAUCCAAAUUUAUAAGCAAAAUAUUUGAAGGGUUCAAUAUGACAGUGUUGUGUUAUGGAAUGACAGGAUCUGGCAAAACGCAUACAAUGUUUGGGAACUCAAAUGAUCACUAUGGCAUAGUCUAUUAAGCAGUUAAGGAACUUUUUCAGCUAAAGAAAAAUGGAUUUAUAAAGAUUAGUUUUUACGAAAUAUAUAAUGAACAGAUAAUUGAUUUGUUAGAAUAAAAUGCAUAGAAUUUGCAGGUUUAGGAAGACAAGAAUGGAGACACUUAGAUCCCUGGGUUAUCCUAAUAAUGCAUAAUUGAUGAAGAUCAUCUUGUUUAAUUGAUUCAAUAAGCACAAAAACGAAGAUAAUUAGCUUCAACUGCUAGUAAUUAAUACUCUUCAAGAUCUCAUGCUAUUGUGUAGAUACAAGUGGUGAAUUACGAUGAGAAAUAAAAUAUAAAAUAUGAUGGCAAAUUAAUACUUGCUGAUUUGGCAGGUAGUGAAAGAUGUUACAAUUAUAAAAAUGGAGGCACAUAGAAGAUUCAAUAGGAAGGUUAAAAUAUUAAUAAAUCUCUUUUGGCUUUGGGUCAAUGUAUUAUGAUGUUAAAUUAAUGUAAAUCCCACAUUCCUUAUAGAAAUUCUAAAUUGACAAGAAUUUUAAAGUAAUCUCUUAGUGGAAAUUCUAUGACUCUAUUCAUAGCAUGCGUAAGCAAAUAAUUUAGUGAGGAAACUGAAAAUACUUUGAAAUAUGCUCAAUAAGCAUGUGCUAUCAAAACUCAAUUGACCUAAGCUAUCACUCAGAUCUAGAUUGAAUAACCAAAGAGAUCAAUAUCAAUUGAGAUUUAGAAUCUUGAAUAGUAAUUGAAUGGCUAUUUUGUAAUAAAUACUGGGUUGCACAAAAACUUAAAUUCAUUAUAUUAGAAUGUCUAAAAGGAGCAGGAAACUAAGGUUAUUGUUUAAAAUGUGGAGUAGCAAAUAGCAUCAAAUAUGAGAAAGUAGAAAUUAAUAAUUAACUAAAUUAAAGGACUUAUAGUUGAAAAAGAAAACUAAGAUAAGUCAUUUACAUAUAGAGGAUCAGAAGUUAGGUUCUGUGAUUUAAGCAAUAAGAGCUCUAUAAUCUCAUAGAUAUAGCCUCAUACAGCCGAUUAGAGUUGUUAAACUGAAAGAGUUUAGAGUCCAAUCUACCUUGAUCUUAAACAUGGACGCAACAAUUCAUAAUAAUUAAUAAACAAGAUUGAGAUUCAUAAAAUUCCUGAAUCAAAGAGAUUUUCGAAUCCUUUUCUCAGUACUAUGGUGCAAGAAGAGAAAACCGCCAAGGAUAUUCUCUAAGAUAGAACUAAUAGAUUCAAGAUUAAACUAAAAUGA